AUGGAGUCGCUUUUUUGUCGCUUCACCACUUUGAGCUACAACAAUUGGAACCGCUUCAUCAUUCACUUGGGUACCUCGCAAGUCCUGCCAGAGGCUAACAUUUUCCUUCUUGCAGAGCAGAUCGUGAAAGAGCACGGAAAGUUGGUCGAGGUAUUCGAUCCAGAGACUGACAAAUAUAUCAAGCUUAAAAUUGUCAUUACACGACUACUGGUCGAUACUCCCAGGCGGUCCGACUGUGCAAACCAUGCGCGCGGCUCAAAUUUUCCGUGCUGCUAUUGUGAACAAGAAAAGAACAAAGACCUCGCCGACUCUAUCAUUCAGAUGAAACCGCCCAGCAACAAGAGCAACGAAUAUUAUGGCCCAGGGGUCAACCGCGAGUUAACUCUUGAAGAAGAACCAUUCGAGCUGCCGUGGAUGAAGACCACUGACCCAGACGAGUCCAAGGCUCUCCAGAAAGCAGAAGACCUUGGCUAUGGAGUAGCCCAGGACCCAAGCUUAGCGCCUCUCCGGACGCAUGCAUCCGCCACGGCCAACCACGAGUCGUUGGGUUACAAGGACAAGCGCAGCCCCUGGCCCGCCGUCAUCGACGUGUAUGACACGUUCCAAAACCCACCCGAGAGCCUUCAUUUAUGGGCAUUGGGCAUACUCAAGGUCAAACCCACCUCUUGGCAUGCAGAUGUAUUAUGCCCUCAAAACAAUGUCUCAUUCCUGCAAAUGUUGUUGCCCUUCUCAAUUGCCCUUGGCCCCAGCACGACAGCUGAGGAGCGGCAGGAACUCGACUUGAUCGUUGGACCAAGAGUCUUAGAGCUAGCCUGGCCAAACUCUCAAAAGGCCCAUCACGUGGUUUCUGUCAAACGAAAGGUCGGAGGCCAUGAACAAGUACACAAAGGCGGCUGCAAAAAAAUCCAACAGGAGGCAUCUCGCGCGUGAUAUCGGACGCGCCCACCUCAUGCAGACGAAACUGCUGUUCAGCCUGCAUGGUGCACCCACAACACCACCGCGCGGCAUCGAUAAGAGCGUAUGGCAAGCCACAUUGGUUCGCCAUGCUCCAAUGCUAUUCCGGCUACUAACAGCAGAAGCCGACGCCCAAGGCCAAGCGCAUCGUCACCUGAGACUGAGCAAGACAAUGGCCAGAACGCCGGGCAAGAGGGCCCUGGCCCAACCCCUCUCCGAGUGGAUACAGUUGAUUGGUUUCGACGCGACAAUGCCCGUUCAUGGCGCGAGUGCUUUCGAGGACAACACGUUCACCGGGUGGAAUCGCUUGUCUUGGGGUACCAAAUGGACCAUUCGCGGUCUAUCAACCUGGCCAGAAGAGGCACCACGCCCGCGCCCGUGGACACGGCUACGUUAUGAAUACAUUCUUCGCACCCGCGAUGGAUUGGACGGCGUUUUUCUGAUGGGAUUGAAGAACACUGGCGGACCAGAGUCUUUGAUGCUGUUGGCCAUCCUCGAUCGAGACACAGACAUGCUUUCGAACGGCUGUCCAACGCAUCCACUAACAUAUUGGUGCCACCUCCCCUGCUACAAACACGAGUCGGCCCAAGCACGAUUGGCUUUACGCAAGUUCAAGCCCUCGGUUGAGCUGCAUGCCGGUGAUGCAGGGCCUGGGGAGGACUUGAAGAAGCCCACGAGAAAGCGUGGGGGCAAGGGCCAUGACCGUGUGCUGCCGUGCGCCAUGAAGCAUAAUGCCGCUGCAGCCACCCGCCUGUCCCUGUAUCGGCAACUUGAUCAACCCGUGCCUGAGAAUGAGGCUGUGGAAAUGGACGGUGAAACGGGUGAAUUUUAUCGCUAUGACGGCAUCUUCAAUGGCCUGGGCGUCCAAGUCACGGAUCGCGUCGACAUGGCCUGGCUCUACAAGCAAGGUUUUUUCGGCAAAGGCGUGUUGUCCAAAUCCGAGCCCAUGUAUGGCAAACAAGUGCUGCGCUACGGUCGUGGUGAUGACGCUCGCGAAUCUUCCCACGAAAAGCGCAUCGCCCGCAAGAAACAGCGCAUCUUUGAAGCCAAGCAGCGCAAACUCAAGAAGGAAAUUGCCGCCGACGACACGCAUCCAGCCAAGCGCAUUAAAUUGCAGGCAGAUUUGUAUUUCUUGCGCGAAAACUACGCUCAGAGCAAGGCUGAAGCUGCUCCUGGUGCCCCCGACGACAGCGAAGGUGCAACCAACGAGGACCCGGACGCUGAGGCAGAUGCUGAUGACCUCAACGACGACGAACCUGAGACCACCCCGACCGAAGAAUCUUUCAUCUCGCGCGAGUACCUGCAGCUCAGUCUUGAAGAGGUGAAUGUGUCAUCAUGGUUUUUGGCUUUGCAUCCACGGGCAUACGCUCACAAUGCUGUAUUUGAGGAGCAGGCUUUUUUCCUAGCACAUGCCCUGGGCUGUUUGAACGUGAAGUCACAAACAGGACAGGCCCUAUCUGAUGGCCAGUUGUUCGUAGGCUAUGACAAUUCUAGAGUUCUGGCAAGCAUGCAUCCAAACCGUGGGUGGGUUCCAAAGACAGGUCUCAAGUUUGCAGCCGAUUGGCUGAUAUAUCGUCAAGGACCGACCUUUUAUCACUCGAGCUAUUCGAUCGUUGUGAGGACUGCCUGGGCAGACACCUUUGAUCCUUGGCAUGCUGAACCCACCAUGAGCUGGCACUAUCUGUCAGCCGUUAGCCGCGUAUCGGGCCAGGCGGGCAAAGAGGCUAUGGUGGCAUAUGUAGUGCGUCCCCGUGCGGUCGAUGGUGCUGCCCUCCGCGACCCCAGCUGUCUGGAUAAGUUUCAGUCUCCCAAUCCGCCCUCCAUUAGUCUCUCAGUCUCCUCAUUGUCUCACUUUUAUCUCUCUCUGAAUCUCUCUCUGAAUCUCUCUCUCUCUCUCUCUCUCUCUCUCUCUCUCUCACAUUCCCACGUCUCUCUCUCUCUCUCUCUCUCUCUCUCUCUCUCUCUCUCUCUCUCACAUUCCCACGUCUCUCUCUCUCUCUCUCUCUCUCUCUCUCUCUCUCUCUCUCCCACGAACACGCCCAUCAGUAGUAUGAGUGACGCCACCCGGCCGAACCGUGAUGGUCCGGCUCACGCGUCAUCAUCAGGCUCUUCGCCGGCCGUCGGUGGCGCAAGUCCCAUCCAACGUGGCUUUGUGCCGGGCUCAAUACCCAUGAGCAGCGUCCAACCCAAUUCCAACCAGGCUAGCCCCAACAUUGUCAACGCCACGGGCAUGACUAUGCCCGUGGGCUCUCCCACUCUUCACGGCAUGAUGCCUCCUCAUAUGGCCAUGCCCGGUGUGGCUGGUGGACCUCAAUCUGCCAUGCUUGGUCAACGCCAACACGUCUACACUCUAAUGCAUGCCCCCAUGAUGGGCCAAGCCAUGUACCAAAUGCCCUUUGCCGCACCAGCCAACUCGAGCGUCACUGCCGCUCGCGCACCACUUGCAGCCGCAUCGGCAGCCGAAAUCAUGGCGACGCCCGUGAGCGAGGAAACAGCCAUCUUCCUUAAAAAGCAGAUCGGCUACUACUUUAGCGCUGCCAACCUCAUCAAGGAUCAUUACCUAAUUAGCGCCAUGGUUCACCCCUCCAUGCAUGUGGCCAUUGAUACCAUCGCUCGAUUCCGCAACGUCCUGGCCAAGACACGAGAUGUCAAAGUGGUCACACGCGUCAUGAUGGAUAUGCCGAGUCUGAAUGUUCAUCCUCAGUGGUCUAUCGUCCAGCCCGUGAAUCACGAACUGCUCUCCGACCCCUUGACGUUGAUGGUGGAUGAUCAUCAGCAAGCUUUGACUGCGGACGGGCUCAAAGAGAUUCUGGCCAAAAAAGAUCUGGUUUGCAAGCAGAUUGUUUUGGAUUCCAACAAUAUGUGGCUACUAUUGUUUGAGAGUGCAGCAGUUCUUGAUGAGGCUCGGGCUUGGUUGGAUAAGGACCUGGUCUCGAUCGCGCCCAGUGCCUACGUGCACCUGAAUCCCAUCCCCGAACAAAUCAAGAUCCAAACCGCCAUGGUCCGCCCUGAACUGACGCAAAAUAUGCCUUGGACCUUCCAACCGCAAAUGAUGGUCCCAACCAUGAUGAUGGGCAUUGGCAACAUGCAAGACAUGCGUGGCCAGGCAAUGCGCGUGGCUCAGGCAACCACACCCAGGGUGGCCUUGGCGCCACGGGCAAGGGAUCAGGGUCGAGUGGGCAUGGCCAUCAAGGACAUCACGCUGGGAAUGCUGGGCAUCAGCACCAGCCAGGCCAACACGAUGGUGCCCAAGGGCAACAGUCUGGUGGCGGACGUCAACACCGCAACCGUCAAGGCUGAUGCAUUUCCCCCCUUAUCUGCCCAAAAACAUGUUCCCGCCAACCCCCCGACUGCGCCUGUGACGGCCUAUAGCUUGGCAUCUGUUGUGCGUGGUGGCUCAGGACCUUCGUCACCCAACCGUCCGGCAGCUUCUAGUGCGUCUCGGGGACGCGCUGCUGCAGUCCAGCCCAUCUCGCGCAGUAGUAGCACGGAUAGCAGCAUGACGGAUGAUACACACCAUGUGACCGCGGCACCCUCGGCUCCGCGUCCCAAGCCUGUUGCCAAGUUUUCUCCGACCACUUCGACGACCCCUGCCACCAAGCCAUCUGGAAAGGGCUCCGGCUCUGCUAGGUCGGCGGGCACGGCAUCGGGUACGCAGGCCUCGAGGAAAGCCUCGGGUAACGAAUGGACCACGGUUGCUGGGCGCCGACCUGAAAAGAAGCACGGCCAUCGCGGGCGGCACCAUGGCGGCCGUCACGACACCGUGCCAGCUCCCCGCCGUUCGGAGGAGAGCCAGUCUGACCCGACUACGCCUGUUCCGGUGGACAACACACAGCGGGCCGUCCCGUCCUUUGCUCGCAUUGCGGCUCACUCAAGCAAGUCGUGA